UGUAGGUGUGUAGCAAUCAAGAAUAUAAAGCAGGGGCAAGUGUCUGAACCCUUGCAGUCAGCUGUAAAUCCUGUAGAUGCAGAUUAUGAAGAUCCAUAUAGUUGGCGUAGCAUUGACCAUUGCCCUUCUAACAGGGUGUGACGCACAACUAGAUGUGUGUGGUACGGCACCUCUCAACUCAAGGAUAGUGGGAGGACAGAAUGCACCGGUUGGCGCUUGGCCAUGGCAGGUCAGUCUUCAAAGAGACGGCAGCCAUUUCUGUGGUGGAUCUCUCAUUAACAACCAAUGGAUUCUGACUGCAGCCCAUUGCUUUCCCAACCCUUCGACGACUGGUCUACUUGUAUAUUUGGGCCUACAAAAACUAGCAUCAUUUGAAUCAUACUCGAUGUCCAGUGCUGUCUCCAAUAUCAUAAAACAUCCAAACUACAAUAGUGAUACUGAAGACAAUGACAUCACUCUUCUGCAACUGGCCUCAACAGUGAGCUUUUCGAACUACAUCAGACCUAUCUGUCUGGCUGCAUCCGACAGUACUUUCUUCAAUGGAACUUUGGUCUGGAUCACUGGAUGGGGGAACACUGCCACAGGCGUCAGCCUACCUUCCCCGGGGACUCUACAAGAAGUGCAAGUGCCGAUUGUUGGAAACAGGAAGUGUAAUUGUCUUUAUGGGGUCUCAAAAAUCACAGACAAUAUGGUGUGUGCUGGACUAUUGCAAGGGGGGAAAGACUCCUGUCAGGGUGACUCUGGUGGUCCAAUGGUCAGCAAACAGGGCUCAGUUUGGAUCCAGUCUGGAAUUGUGAGUUUUGGUACAGGCUGUGCUCAACCAAACUUCCCUGGUGUGUAUACCAGGGUGUCUAAAUAUCAGAGCUGGAUCCAGCAGAGAAUCACCACCACCCAGCCAGGCUUUGUCAUGUACAAUUCCAAUGGUACUGAUGGUGACCUGAGUGUAAACUGCCCUGGUCUCCCCACCAUUCCCCCCACCACAGCUUCUACAACACAAACAACUACAAUGUCAACUACGACUGUCGCACCUGUUGUGUGUGGAAGUGCUAAACUGAACUCCGGUGCUGGAGGAAACAGCUUACUUGCAUCUCCAGGCAUGUGGCCCUGGAUCGCCAGUGUUCAGUUUAAUGGUAGUCACGUUUGUGGAGGAGCGCUGAUCGCUGAACAGUUUGUCAUGACCUCUGCUAGCUGCUUUCCCAACUCCACCAAUGCCACAGGAUGGACUGUUGUCCUGGGCCGACUCAAUCAGAACAGCUCCAACCCCAAUGAGGUCUCCAUCAAAGUGGCAAAUUUCUCAAUGAGCAACAAUUCGGGUAACAACGUUGCCGUCCUGCAGUUGGCGGUUACACCAAACUUCACCAAUUACAUUCAGCCCAUAUGUGUGGACUUGGGAGGCAACAAUGUUGACGCCAACACUCAAUGCUGGGCAGCAGGAUGGGGAUCAGGAGCAGGAGGAGUGAAUCAAACUCUUCAGCAAUACCAGACUUCUAUUGUGAGCUGUGGAAACUCAUCCUCAAACAACAGUAUUUGUACAACUGCUUUCGACUUACAACAGGGUGUUCAAGGUGGUCCACUGAUGUGUUUGGUGGGUCAGUCAUGGAUCCAUAUUGCAGUAUUAACCAUAUCGAACAGCAACUCAAACAGCAGCAUCUCUAACAGUACUCUGAACAACAGUACUCUCAAUAACUGCACCGUCAACAACAGCACCGUCAACAACUGCACUGUCAAUAACAGCACUGUCAAUAACAGCACAAGCAGCACAGGCAGCAAAGGUGCUGACUUGUACUUCCCUGUUAAGGCUCAGGGUGUCCAGAUCUUCACUAAAACCUCCAGCUUUUCCACAUUCCUGACAGCUGUGAUCAGUUCCUUCCCUCAAAAAGCUACAAACACUACAAGUGCAAGUACAAGCGCUCCUUCUGCAAGCACCUCAAAUACAACCCAGUCUAAUGGCUCACCAGCAUCUUUUUCCUCCUGCUAUACAGUUUCUGUUUUAUUCUCCUCACUUCUAACUCUCCAAAUCUUUCACAAGAGCAUCUUUUGAGGAAAAACGGCUCACUGUUAGAGUGAAUGUGAAAUAUCCAGACCCAUAUUAAUAUGUUUUUCAGUAUGCCCCAUGACUGAUUAGAUUGUCAUACAUUUAGCAUUCAAGGCUUUUGUGGAGCAUAUUCAGUACUAGACAAAUGUGAAUGUUAAUUGAUAAGUCAGACCAUGAAGAUGUUGAGUGUUUGUAUACUGUGCAAUUACACAAAAAAAAUCUGUUAAAUAACAGUUACACAAGUUUUUUUUUUUUUUUUAAACAGAUUUAACAGUUUAUCUUGUGUUUCACAAAUUUUGGUAACACUUUAUUUUGAUGGUCCAUUUGAGUAUUAGUAGGCUAUCUGCGUAAUAUCUGCUGAUACUGCUCCCUCAACAGACAUUUAACUGACUGUAAGAAACUUGCAAGUACGAGUCAAACCUACAAUAACCACAACCUAACAGUCUACUUAUAAUCUAAUGAGAAUUAAUUGCAAUGUAACUUAAAUUCUACAAACGGACCCUCAAAAUAAAGUGUGACCCAAGUGUUUUCCAUUUAUUUCCGGCUCUAAGUUGCAUUAUGGGAUGUUUAUCACUGCUUUUGAAAUUGACAAUUCAACUUAGCGGUUUAACAAAGUGACUUUUAUUGACAUUUUAGUCGUUUGAAAUGUAUAAGAAAUAAUAUAAAAAAAUAAUUAAUAAAUAAUUAUUUUAUAACAUAAUAGAAAACAUGUCACUUUAAACUAUUAAAUAUAUUAAUCAAAGUAAUGUAUUUUAACUUUUCAAGUUGUUGAAAGAAUGAAGCAUAAAUAAACGAGGGAAACAUGAAACACAAAACUGCUAAUUUACAGAAGUGUAACGAUGGUUUACAAGUAUUUGCACUGUAAUGAGUGAAGCAUGUGUUUGUUAUGCAGUAUGGCACUUUAUGUAUGUCUCGGUUUGAGUGUUUGGUAACACUUUUGUUCAGGUCAUAAUUCACGCUAUUAACUACACUGUAAAAAAAAUUGUGAUUUUUACAGUUUAUUUCCGGCAGCUGGGGUGCCAGAAAACCCCCCUUAAAAUAACGGCUGAUAAUUUACAGAAAUUUACUGUAAAAUAAGAGGUUGAAUUGCAGAAAUUUACCAGAAAUUUUUAUCUAAAGAAAUUUCUGUAAUUUAAUUUUCGUUAUAUUACAAUAAAUUUCUAUAAUUUAACGGCCGUUAUUUUGCGUUUUUUGUUCCCGGCACCCCAGCUUGCGGGAAUAAAACGUAAAAUUACAGAUUUAUUUUACAGUGUACUGGAUUAUUUUUCUACCAAUUGUUACGAUAUUAACUAUUCAUAAGCAGUUAUAAAGUGUGAUCUUAUUCUGUAUCCUUAAUUCUACCAAAUACCUAAACUCAACUUCUACCCUGCUAAGUAUUAAUAAACAGAUAAUUAGUAGUUUAUUAAGCUACUGUUAGUGAUUUGUUAAUACCGUGAAAUGUGACCUAAAUUGAAGUGUUGCCAAGUGUUUUAGUUGUAAUGCUGAACAUAUAUCUAAAUGAACCUUAAUCUUGCCAUGCUCAGGACAUACUGUAAGUUAAGUUAUAUAUCAUAUCUAUUUUAUUUUAUGUUUAAAAGCAAAUUUGAAGAAUGAAAAGCGUUUCAUAAUUAUUUUUUCGUCCAUUUUCUAUCUUUUAUGUCCUUUCUGAAAAGGGGUUAUGGUGAUUUCUCAUGAAGGAAGUAACUCUUUUCAGCACACUGCUCAAAUGUAAUUUAUAUGUACAUUUUUUAUGUUAUGAAGAUAAUAAAAAUGACAAAUGAAA